GGAAACUGGGGGAGGGGUGAGGAUGGAGGGAGACUGGGCCGGGAGGCUGCGUCUGACCGGGCCUGCCGGCCUCCGCUGGGCUGAGCGGAAACGGGGACCGCUGUGGGCACAGCGCCUUUUCUUCCGCCCCGCCCCCUGGGACCACCUCCACUCCCCCUGCCGCUCUGCGGCGGCUGUCUGGCCCCGGGCUGGUAGUGGGGCUUGCUGAGGCCGCCGCCUUGGGCCUCUUUCUCUAGAGCCGCGGAGAAACCCUGUCCCUCCGGUUACCGUAGGCGGGUCUCGGCGCCCGGCUCCACUUUCCUGCGGAGACGAGGCGGGUUUGGGGUUCCGGGAGUUUCCCGCCAGAGCAGGGUCCUCUCUCCGGGGAGAGCGGUGUUCCCCUGGGAGCUCGCUUUCUAUCGCGCCUGCUUCCCGUCUCGUCUUCCUUGAGACCUGAAUUCUCUCUCUCUGCUUGUGUGUCUCACGUAAACAAUUCGCCAACUCUUUACCCUGUGGUAUUUCCCCGAGAUGGGAUAUCGCUAGUGCCACCACCAGAAAGAACCGUCUGGAGCUCCUGCACAGGUUAUGAAAAGCCCCCUCACUGCCACAGUUUGCUUACCUGGCGCAUCGCCUCCUGGAACUGAGGAGUUCUGCCCUAUUAAAAGAAGAGAGAAGGUGAAGAGUAGCCUUUAGAAUAUUGAAACCUAAAUCUGAGGCUUCAAAACCCUCUGGGAAUCCUCCUUGGCGAGCCCAGGAUUUUUUAUCUUUGGUAAAGUCAGUGAUGUGAAAAGACCUGCGAUGGAUGAUAUUGCUGAUGGGGUGAAGAUGGAUGCUGGAGAAGUGACUCUAAUGAACCACAAUUCCACCUUCAAAUCCCGUGUCCUGUCGCAGUCAGGUUUUCCAGAGGACCAGCUUUCACUUUCUGACCAGCAGAUUUUACCUUCCAGGCAAGAAAAUCUGGACCGAUCUUUUACAUGUUCCACAAGAAGUGCAGCUUAUAGUCCAAAUUAUUACCCAGGAUUCUUUGUCAGCAAGAUGAGCGCUCCUCCCCUAAAAAGACACAACCCUUCCUCAGACAGUUUUCUUGGCUCAGAUGACUUGAGAACCUUUGGUCAAAGUGCAGAUGGACAGUGGAGAAAUUCUACUCCAGCAUCAGUCUCAACUUUACAGAAAUCAAGAAACAGUCGGAGUCUUUACCUCGAAACCCGAAAGACCUCAAGUGGAUUAUCAAAUGCCUUUACGGGAAAGUCAAACCAUCACUGCCAUGUAUCUGCAUAUGAAAAAUCUUUUCCUAUUAAACCUGUUCCAAGUCCAUCUUGGAGUGGUUCAUGUCGUCGGAGUCUUUUAAGCCCUAAGAAGAUUCAGAGGCGACAUGUUAGUACAGCAGAAGAGACAGUUCAAGAAGAAGAAAAAGAGAUCUACAGACAGCUGCUACAGAUGGUCACAGGGAAACAGUUCUCUGUAGCCAAGCCCACCACACAUUUUCCUUUACACCUGUCUCGAUGUCUUAGUUCCAAUAAGAAUUCUUUGAAAGACUCACUGUUCAAAAAUGGGACCUCUUGUGCAUCUCAUAUCAUUGGCUCUGAUACUUCAUCAUCUGGAUCUGCCAGCAUUUUAACUACACAGGAACGGUUGUCUCACAGUGCUUAUUCUCUAUCGUCUUACACCCCUGAUGUUGCAUUUGGAUCCAAAGAUUCUGAUGCUUGCCAUCAACCCCACCGUCACCUCUCUAGUCCCCAUCAGCCAGAUAACUUACCAGCAUCAAAUACACAGUCUGAAGGAUCAGACUCUGUGAUUUUACUCAAAGUGAAAGAAUCUCAGACUCCAACUCCCAGUUCUAAUUUCUUCCAUGCGGAGCUAUGGAUCAAAGAAUUAACUAGUGUUUAUGAUUCUCGAGCUCGAGAAAGAUUGCGGCAGAUUGAAGAGCAGAAAGCACUGGCGCUGCAGCUUCAAAACCAGAGAUUGCAGGAACAGGAAUAUUCAGUGCUUGAUUCAGUAGAACUGCAUCUUCGUGUACCUCUUGAAAAGGAGAUCCCUAUCACAAUUGCCCAAGAAGUGGGGAAAAAAGGUCAGAAAUUAACUGAUAGUGAAGAUGAAUUUCCUGAAAUUACAGAGGAGAUGGAGAAAGAAAUAAAGAAUGUCUUUCGUAAUGGAAACCAAGAUGAAAUUCUCAGUGAAGCAUUCCGCUUGACUAUUACACGGAAAGAUAUUCAAACUCUAAAUCAUUUAAAUUGGCUCAAUGAUGAGAUUAUCAAUUUCUACAUGAAUAUGCUAAUGGAACGAAGUAAAGAGAAGGGAUUUCCAAGUGUACAUGCAUUUAAUACCUUUUUCUUCACUAAAUUAAAAACGGCUGGUUAUCAAGCAGUAAAGCGUUGGACAAAGAAAGUGGAUAUAUUUUCUGCUGACAUUCUUCUGGUGCCCAUCCACUUGGGUGUGCACUGGUGUCUAGCUGUUGUAGACUUCAGAAAGAAGAGUAUUACCUAUUAUGAUUCUAUGGGUGGAAUAAACAGUGAAGCCUGCAGGACCCUCCUGCAAUACCUAAAGCAAGAGAGUAUUGACAAGAAAAGGAAAGAGUUUGACACCAAUGGCUGGCAGCUCUUCAGCAAGAAAAGCCAGGAAAUUCCACAACAAAUGAAUGGAAGUGACUGUGGGAUGUUUGCUUGCAAAUAUGCUGACUGUAUUACCAAAGACAGACCAAUCAACUUCACACAGCAACAUAUGCCAUACUUCCGGAAGCGAAUGGUCUGGGAGAUCCUCCACCGAAAGCUCUUGUGAAGGCUGUCUCAAUGAGCAGACGCUGAUCCUGUGGGGAACCAGCCCUUUGCUGUCUACAGAGACCUUGGAAACAGCUGCUUCUACCCCCUUGGUCUUGUAACACCUGUGAUCCUGGACCAGGCCCAGGCGAGAUGCAUUCACAAGCACAUCUGCCUUUCCUUUUGUAUCUCAGAUACUAUUUUUGCAAAGAAACUUUGGUGCUGUGAAAGGGGUGAGGGAGAAGCUGAAGAGAGAGACUGCUGUUCACUUCCUCAGUUCUGCCAUCUUGCUUUCAAAGGGCUUCAGCCACAUAGAGCCCCUAAUCGGAGGGGGUUCAAGGAAAGCCUGGAAAUAUUCUUGUUGCUAGGCCUUACUAAGAAGUAGGAAAGGGCAUGGACAGUAGGUAGGGAAAAGCCACCAGCACAUACAUGCAUAUAGACAAACCCACGACUUACAGGAUGCAGAGUUAGGAAUGAGACCGUAAACUGGGCUUUGGGGCACGAGCUUGAUUCCCCUCCUCCAGGACCCUUCCUAUUUAUAUGCCCCUAUAUAAAACCUAAUUGCUUCUCUACAAAGCUGUUUUAAAAUCACUAUCCCACGCUGAGGUACAGUACACAAGCUCUGGCAGACUCCACGGUCCCGAGCAGUUCAUUCCAUAUGAGCAGGGGUUUGCAUGUGCCAAUAGUGUGUGCUGUGGAGAAGACCCGCCCAGGAGAGUUCAGUGCAACAACAGGGCCCCAGUUUUACUGCUGCCUACUUCUGACCAAGAAGAAGGGACCUCAGUCCUUAGCAUAAAAUUCCAGAGUUGGAUGAAUGCAGGUCUAGUUGGUUUGUGACUAGUUUAAAUAUGUUUCUAACCACAGAGAAUUUUAUAUAUACAUAUAUAUUUAUAUAUGUAUAUAUAUAUAUAUUUCACAGGGAUAUGCUUUAAAAAAAGAAGACUGAAUGUGUUCACCAUUUAGCCUGUAGAUUUAUUUUCAUUUUUCAAAUUCUGGCACAUAGAGAUCCCAGUCCCUAUGUAUAGGGUGUUUGUAGACUUCCUAACAGAAUUCUGAGGCCUGGUUGAACUUGGGCUUAGGGGUAAAGGUUAUCAAGGUAAACAAAAUUUUCAACUGAAAAAUGGGUGGAGUUUAGACUGUUGAACUUGAGAUUUUCAAAUUGCUGUUCCUUUUGUUCUUUCUAGUAUCUCUCCCACCCUCUGAGAGCUCCUAAGGUUUAGAUAGUGAGAUGAUCCAAUGCCAGUGUCAUUUUGUACUUAUGUUCCAAAGCAGGAACAUUUUAUACUUUUUUCUGUAUUGUAAUAGGUAGUUUUGUAUAAAAUCUCUCCUCCUGGCCCCUUAUAUCCCAUCCUUUCCAGCAUUGUGCUUUCUCCUUGGGCUUAUUUGAAAAAUUUACUCUGUUUUAUACCAAGCUUGUUUAGUAUUUUUUCUAUGUUUUACCACAAGUUACAAUUUGAAAAGAAAACUAUUUUUUUUAAGUAU